UCCCACCCUCCUUUCUCCUCCCACUUUAGACUUGCAAGGGCUGCAGCCUGUCAAACCCCUUCCUCAACACAACAGCGAUUGUUGCGUGUGGAACAGUUUUCCAAAUCUAGCUGUUAAUGAGAGAGGCUUGUAGUUGGCAGAAUGUUAAUGAUUUCCUCAACAAUUGUUCAUGUUUUAUUGUUUCGAUCAAACAAUAACUCUUUUAUCAAGACUUAAUUGGAAGGUUUUUAUCCUGUGUGGAAAAUACUUGCCAUCCACACUGAGGAAUCAUAUCUAAGGCUGAUCUGUCUACCUUUCUCCUGGUGAAUUCAUGUUGAAGAUAGAAGACAACACAAAUUCCAAAGGGAGAUCUUUUUGCAGCAUUCGGAAUUCUGGAGUUCUACACUAUUAAACGCAACCUCAAGAUGCCUUUGAUCACUGAGUGUGCUGGAUACCUAAUACCUGCUCUAUAAGUGAACUUCUGAGGGAUUAUGAAAACGAUAGUGAGCAUUUCAUUCUCAUUCAUACAGUAAACGCAUCAGUCUGUGGAUAUAAAAUCAAGAUCCCUGCACAGAGAUGUCCACCGUCUCCAUGGAACCCAUGGUGGGCCUGGCGGAGCCGUCUCCUAACACCACUGAGCAACCGCUGAACGCUUCAUCCCAGGACUCAGCCGCCACCUUCACCAUCGGCACCAUCCUCUCCUUUAUGUGUCUAGUUGGCGUGUCAGGUAACAUCUACACCCUGGUGGUCAUGUGUCAUACGAUGCGCACAGCAGCCUCCAUGUACAUCUACAUCAUCAACCUUGCAUUGGCAGAUCUGCUCUACCUGCUCACCAUCCCGUUCGUAGUGUGUACACACUUUCUGCAGGGAUGGUAUUUUGGGGAUGUGGGCUGUCAGAUCCUCAUAAGUAUGGAUUUUCUCACAAUGCAUGCAAGCAUCUUCACCUUGACUGUCAUGAGCACCGAGCGCUACUUCGCUGUGCUCAAGCCCCUUGAUACAGUCAAGCGCUCCAAAAGCUACCGCAAGGCUAUUGCAAUGCUUGUGUGGGCUGCCUCUCUCAUACUUACCCUACCAAUGAUCAUUGGAAUUAAGCUCAUGGCAGUAGGUGACAAGCUCAUGUGUCAGUCCACACUGGACCCACUCUCCUACAAGAUUUACAUCUCCUUUCUGUUUUGCACCAGCAUAGUGGCUCCUGGGAUGAUUAUCGGCUACCUGUACAUUAGACUCGCUCGCACGUACUGGAUCUCCCAGACAGAGACCUUCAAGCAGACCAAAAAGCUCCCUAAUCAGAAGGUUCUCUACCUAAUCUUCACUAUUGUCUUGCUCUUCUGGGCUUGCUUCCUUCCCUUCUGGAUCUGGCAGCUCUUGGGCCAGUUCUACCCAGCCAUGAGACUUUCCACAAAGAUCAAACGCAUCAUCAAUUACCUGACCACCUGCCUGACAUAUAGCAACAGCUGUAUCAACCCUUUCCUUUACACAUUGCUAACGAAGAACUAUAAAGACUAUCUGCACAAGCGCCAGAGGACUUGGACCACAGGUAGCUACUUCAGCCGCCGCAACCGCUUUCAGCGCUCCCCACACCACUCCCUGUCCUCCAGCAGUCACCAGUGCACAGAGAGCUUUGUGCUAACACACACCUCACGCAGCACCAACAACAGCAGUUUGUAAGGGCUCUUGCAAGUUCAUGCUUCAACCGACUAACCACCCUACCUUUGAACUGGCAUGCUAGCAAGACCUAGUCGGAUGUGCUUAUCUCUGUGCACACGCCCACACACCCAGGACAUCCUAUGCCUUUUCAUGAUGUUUAGAUAACCACUGAUGUUUAGACAACACAAAGAUGCAUUGCUUCCCUCUCAUGAGUGUCCAUGUAACCCUACACGUGUGGCUGCUUUGGAUAGAAGCGUCUGCUAAAGAGCACAUGAUUUUUUUUUUUUUUUUUUUUUUUACUUAUGCUCUAGUUAAGUUAUUAUGUCCAUGUUACAACAUAAGUGUUCCAGAAAUGUUCAAGAGGACUUCAUCUGAAGCUGGAAUAUUCGUUUUUCUGAGGGGUGUGGGUUUUCUCCUUAUAUUUUCAACUUCUUGUUUCAUUUUCAUGCAAGAGCAGCACGGCCUCUUUCUUUCCAGUGACUUCCUCCAAGUCUCUCAGCUCAUCCUAUAGCCUAAGCCUCUUCAUUAGUCUUAGUCUCUUCACCAUCCUAGUAAACAGUCUAUUGUGAAUGGAGAGGGUGGGCUGGGAAAGCACUAUGGCGUGUCCCAGAGGAGCGGGGGAAGUAAUUAAAGUGCUCUGAAGCAUGCCGUAAGCAGAAGACAGGGAAAUGGUGUGCUUGGGCAGGGCUGGGGACACAACACACAAUCCACAGGAUGGGGCACAGUGGGUGGCAGAACCCCUGCCUGCUCCCUCAGAGCAGACGUGGGCAUCAGUCAUACUCAAUGAUGGUUGCUGUCUUCUUUUAUGGACAAAUGGAUGAGUAAUCAUUUUUAGACUUCUGGAAAUUAUCAUCAUCCAUCUAGUAGAUAUUGUUUUAGUAAAGGAUUUCUUUGUGGACAUAAGGAGACUAUUAAAUUCUUGGAGCCAAGCAAUUUAGAGCCUUGUUUGUGAGGAUGCAUGCAUGUAAGGACUUUGAAAUUUCAAUGAAUUUCACUGGGCGUCAGUGUAGAGAGGCCCGUGUAGGGAGACGUGUUCAUAUUUUCUAGUUGUAGUACGUGUACAAGCAGCCACAUUUGGGAUCUAAUGAAGGCACUUAUACCGAUUAUUACUUAAUCCAGAUAACACGGCAUUGGAACAAUCUAGACUUUUCGUGACAGGAGCACAGAAUCAACAGCUUUUUGUGUAAUCCUAUGUAGACUUUGUGAACAAAUGUGAGUGUUUGUCGAACAGUGGUUCAGCAGUGACAUUGUAAACACACCCAAGUUCCAGUUUUCACUGAAUUUGUGGAAACAUGCGAACAAGAGAUCUUUUGGGUUUUCACCAGUCUUCUGCCAGUGACAUGAGCAUGUCAGUACCAUAAAUAUUAUGUGCCAUGUCUAAAUUAUUAAGUAUAUUGAGUUUCAUGCGCCAAAUUGGAGGGAAUAGACAAUGGGACAAAUUCUUGGGAUAUUCAUUUGUUUUGCUGACCAAAGCAUACAUUUAUUUUACACAUAUCCUCUAAGUGAGUCUGGGCCCUGUAUUAUCAUUAUGGCAUGGCAUUCUGAGGGUGUGCGCAUGUGUUCUUUCUGGAGGAAAUGUGAGAUCACCCUCAAAAAAUCCACUGCAAUUUUCACAACAGGAGUUUUGUAAUAACACAUGGUGUGAGACCAGUCCCAUAGUAACACUGGGAAGAUGGCAAUCCUGUGGGAUUUGGUUAGCUUCAGAUUGGCUGAUGUGAUUGUCUUGAUAGCUCCAACAAGGUCACUAAAUCCCACUUCCUUUAAAAUUGCUUCAGAUCCUGAGAAAUGUUUACCCACAGAUAUGACUCAUAUCCACUCCACAGAACCCUGAGAAUUUCGAGUCUCCUUUUCUGAUGAAUCGCGCUGUAUUAACAGCUGGCCUUUUAUGAACUAUUCUGAGAAAGAAAAGUGAAAAGUUAUCAUCUCUCUGUUAUCAUCUGUUACUACAUUGCUUUGGAUAUUUGGCGAUGGCAUGAUCAGGAUCUCGUCAUUAUCAUGUGUGGAAAACAGCAUUUUAAUAUUAUGUUGUAUAGAAUAGAAGAAUGUGACAGCAAACAUGAUUGAUCGUCUAUAUUAUUCAUAGCCUAGAGAAUAUACGGCUGCACUUAUACAAUAUUUGUAACACAUUUCCAUUUACAGUGCCAGGUCUCUCCCAAGUGUGGCAUUAGCUCUGCCUCACGGUAAAGCUUGUCAAAUAGUCUAAUAUCAAGUCUAACGGCACUGACUUCAGAUCAAAGCCAUGACAUUGACAGCUCACUGUUUUGUAUCUCACACACAUAUCUCAACAGCAGUUGUAGAAUCGCUUACCUCAAACGAAGGAUUACACAGCAUCUCUUCAAACACCCACUCUGUUCUUUGUGGAUUCAGUUUAAAAGAUUUCUCCAUUCUUCUUACUGGUGUUCCAUGAUCUAAAAGAAAAUAAAUGAUCUUUUAUAUAUCUAAGGAUUAAAAGACAUAAAUCUAAUGAAUUUCUUCAAAUAUUUGAAAUCUGUUUUUCAAGCAAACUUGUGAGGGAUGGAACAUUUCUCCUCCAGCUUCUUAUAACAAAGGAGUAAGAGUAGAAGCUGAGAUUCUACAGACAUAGUGGUAGUGGUAACUCAGGAGUUGUUCUAUCAACAGAUGGGAGACAGAUGUUGAGCUUUAAUGUAUGCCCUCUGGAGGUGAAGGUCGCACAGCUGCCGACAACUGCUCUAAUAGGACAUUUGAUUACUGUAGAUCUGGCAGCUGCCCAGACAAAAAACCUUUUGGCUUUACUCCUUUGUUUCUUCUCUACCUCCCUUCUACCUCUCCUCAUUAUAUGUUAGAAAUACUAACAAAUAACAUACAAAAAAUUAAGAAACAACGACAAAGACAAAGAUUGUCAGAAACUGUCACAAGUAUGUUACAGAAAUUCUCUCAUUGGAUAGCUUUUUAAAUACUUUUAAAAUCAUAACAAACCAUUACUUGCUCAAAUCUCAAGCCCAACAGGCAACACAUGGCAACAACGAAUAAAUUGUCAAUACUUAGCAAUAGACCGAGUAUAGAAAAUGUCUCCAGUACAGAUAUAGAUAGAUAUGUGCUUUAACAUGAUGGUUCGGGGGGAAUAAGACAAUCUGCAUUAGCUGUCUGCUUAGUCAAGGGGCCUUCAUUUCAUUCACGGGCAACUGCCAAGGAGCAAAGCAACAUGCAAUUAGCAAAGUCUGCCGCGCAAGUUAAUUUAUAAACUUCGUAAAUUGUUUUGCUAAUUUAAUACCAUGAGCAAGAUCCUAAGCGCAAUGGGUGGUUCAGCCCAAUGCUCCCAAACGCCACACAGUAGCUGUAGUUCAUGUGUGACGGACUUGGCUCAUUGCUUUGCUCAUUGCUUUGCUCAUUGCCCGUCAAUGAAAUUAGGGCCCAGAAUGUACUCUGGUGGUAACUCAAUUCACAUGAACAGUAACUGCAAAUAACUUUGGUGGUCCAGUCCAGAGACCCACCUUCCAGGGCUUGGAGGGUGAACUUGACAUUUAAAAUACCCUUUUCUUUCUCCGCAGUGACUUAAAGCAAAGGCUUAAAGAGCCUGUGAUUCUGGCAAAAAGGUUUUUGAUAUUUCAGCUCUGAUUUCAUCCAAUCAAAUUUUACCCCUCCCUUCCAUGCUCCUGAAGCUACGUGCUGAUUGGCUUAAAUUGUUUAUGGCUUAGUCCAAGUUACUACGUCUGUUUCCAAUUUACAGAGCCAGGACUGUGCAAAAAGUGACUAAAAGGACAAAGAUAAAAGUGCUACCAAGAUUUUUCUGUCUAAAGGCAAUAACUCAUUGGUUAGAUUAUUGCAGACACUGCUCUAUACUCUUACAGGGUAAGAAUUGUAGUUAGGUAUAAGAAUGGAAUAAAGUGAUUCAUACAUCUUUUUUGCCUCCCCUGACAUCAAAGCCGUCUGAAGGAGAGCACUACCAAAUACAGGCAAAGGAGGGCUUUUGAUCAAAGCCCAACAUAAGAUGCACUCUCGAGGUUCUGAAGUACAAAGGUGAAAAGAAAAACAAACACAAGAGGCUAUAGCUAGAUGGAUGGAUAGCACAGGGUUACCAGUUAGACCUUAUCUAGGGCUUAUAGAGUGUCUAUGUUAUUUCUCAGAGAUUGUGAACAUGUGGUUCACUGUUCGUAAUUGAUAGACACAAUGAUGCAGAGAAAUACGUGCCUACGUCUCCACUGCAUGAUAAAUGGGAUCCAAUUCAGAUCUGUUUCCUCCCAAGUGGCACAGAUCUGAUAAGUGCAAUGCCAGUCCAAACAGGGCAAGGGCAAUGAGAUAUCAUCAUAUCAGAUCUGUGCCACAUCCAUAUAGGGUACUAAAUCAGACGGGAUUUGGAUAUCUGAUCAGUCACGAUCAUUCAUACACUGCUGUGUAACCGCACAGAUCAGAAUUCUUAGGUAGCCUACAUAUGAUUACAAUAUCAGUUGUACAACAGUGAAAUGGGUAUGUUGUGUAUGAAUAAUUACGUUUAAAUGUUUUCCAUAACUGAGAAGGUUAUCACACACUCCUUAUCAUCAAGGGUUUUAUCCCCACUCUUGAGAACUACACAUACUAUUAUAGGCUGCUCUGUAUGCUUCUCAGUAUGCUUCAAUAUCCAUAUUCUGUUCGGUUCCUGUACUCUGGGUAAUGCAUUAUCCUGCUGUAUUUAGUAUUUAAUACUAUUGUGUGUAAGUAUUUAAGAAUCCUUACCAAUGGUCUGUAUGUCUACUUUUAUUGUAAGCUUCUUACAUGUGGUUCUUGAAAUAAAAAUGACCAAAAAUUAUCUGAUACCA